AUGCUUCAUCAACGUCGCCGUCAACCAGAAGGGGGUGCCGCGCCUCCCCCUCCGGUCUCCACCUCCAAGCCCUCCAACAACGCCUACGUGCCGCUGCGCCGUCCCAGCGGCUCCGCACUGCCCCCUCCACCUGUCCCCGGCGAGCCCAACGGCUUUGACAGCUACAACGGCGGGAGCUACGGCCACCUCGCGUCUGGAAGCUACCACAACCCAUCGGUAGCUUCCGCGCCCUCGCUCCCAAGGGUGGUGGGGCAAGGACAAGGAUACACGCCGAGCCACGGCAGGGGCAUGUCCCUCGGUCUGGGCGGCGGUCCGUUCAGCCCCGCCGUCGAGUUUACCGACGACACGGACGCGUCCGCCGUGGGCCAGGCGCGGCGCGCUAUCGAGGCCGUGAGGAGCGGUGUACGCGAUGCGGUGCGGCUGGACAGGAGCAUGGGGCUCGUGUGGGGCGACAUGGAGCUCCGCAGCCUCGUGCUCAAGGUGACGCUCAUCAACCUUCUGUCCUUGCUCCUGUUGUCAAUGUUCCCUCUCGUCCUCUCACCCAUCUUCCAAAGCCAGGGUAUUGCGGAUGGUGCAGCUACGCGGACCCGCGAGAUUGGAUUCUGGUACAAUGUCCUUCUUAGCUGGCCGACGUUUGCCGUGUGUUUCUGGAUCAACGCGAUCUGGGGUCCAGACGUGGCGAGGAGGGCCCAGGCGAUGCUGCAUCCUGCAUACCGCCUCUCGUCGUCGACGGCGCCUCAAAACCCCGCGCCGACAGUCUUCUCCGAUCCUGUGGCCUGGGCUUGGGUCACGGUCAUGCGUCUCCUCCUCAUUGCGGACUUUACACUCGUUGGUCGCACCAUUGCUCUCGUCCCCGUGCUCGGUGUGCCAAUUGGGCUCGCGUACAUGUCGCUCAUCAACUGUUACUACCCCUACGAGUGGAUCUUCACUGCUCGCGGAUGGUCACUUGACACGCGUUGCAGCUAUAUUAGCGACCGCUCAGCCUACAUGCUCGGCUUCGGUCUUCCUGCCACACUACUCACCUCGUUCGGGCCGCCUCUGGUCAACAUGGCCGUCUUCGCGCUCAUUUACCCUUUCCUUCUUAUCCAGGCCCUCCAGUCUCGCCCGCCUAGCGUCCACUCGCUGCUCCCCGCGACCCCCAGCCCAGGCUCGUCCAACCCCACCACGCCGACCAGCGAGUUGCCCCCUUCGCUCCUCACCAUGGGGCACGUUGGUGGGAAUGGCGGUGGCCUUGGAGCGGCGUCAUACACCAGCGGUCCCAUUGUUCGAGUUCCCGUAUUUUUCUUUGCGCGUCAUGCGCUUUCGGGCCUGCAGUGGCUCGCGGACGCCGUCGCCAGGGAAAGGGGAGGUUACGCGGCCAGCCGGCGUCGUGGACCGAAGCGUGCGUUUUGA